UCCGGGUUUCGCCAUGACGAUUGGAGGGAGAGCUCGCCUCGUUGGGCAUGCUUCCAACGUAACAAACCGGAGUUCAGAGGCCAUGGCGAUUGAGAAGUGCUCUCUGACUUCUUCUUCCAAAUUGAUUGUUAAUCCUCCCUUGAAUCUUUCCUUGUUGCUAGAGUGGUUUCUCCCAAUCAAGGUAUGUGUUACAGGAGGUGCUGGUUACAUCGCCUCUGAGCUGAUCGGGAAGUUUUUAGAUGAAGGAUACACCGUCCAUGGAACAUUGAGGAACUUGGGUGAUGCAUCGAAGGUUGAUAUCUUGAAGAGCCUUCCGAAUGCAAAUUCAAGAUUGCUGUUGUUUCAAGCUAAUAUAUAUAAUCCAAUUGAGUUUCAGCAUGCCAUCAAUGGCUGUCAAUAUGUCUUCCACCUUGCUUCUCCCUUGCAGCACACCGAAGGCUACCAGUUCAAGAAUACUACUGAGGCUGCAGUUGCCACAGCAAAGACUAUAGCAAUGUCAUGUGUUAGAUCAGGUGUGAGACGAUUGAUCUACGCUGCUGCUAUUGUUUCUGCUUCACCAUUGAAAGAUGAUGGAAGUGGUUACAAAGAUUCCAUGGAUGAAACUUGCUGGACUCCUCUAAGUCUUUCAGCCAAUUUCUCUGACGAUCAUCUUGCAGCUUACAGAGAUUCCAAGACACUGUCAGAGAAAGAAAUACUGAGCUAUGGAAGCAGUAUUGAGGAAGGCAGAGGAUUAGAGGUGGUUACUCUUGGAAUUGGGUUGGUGGGAGGAGAUAACACCCUCCUAUCUUAUACACCACGAAGUGUGGCCUUGUUUAUUUCACAUCUUGUAGACAAGGUUUAUGGUCCUUAUGGAUACAAGGCUCUAAAAUAUUUAGAAGAGUUGGGGGUGAAAAUCCCAAUUGUGCAUGUCAAUGAUGUCUGUGAUGCCUUUAUUUUCUACUUGAACCAAGCUUGAAUCAAUGGCAGAUUCUUAUGUGCUAGCUCCUUCGUUUCAUCUGUGGAAAUCGCAGAGUACUACCAAGAAAAUCACCCAGAAUUC